ACCCUCCUGCAUCCUUGGAGGGCUUGGAUGGGCUUAGCUACAGUUGCUAAAGUGAUUGACAGAUUUGAGGAUGAAACCACGGAUGACAUUUUGCCUGUUGGCAAUAUCAGGAAAAGAGCUUCAGCCUCUCUCCUGGAAGCUGAUAAGAGGUACAGUGGAAAAGCCACAUCCCGGAAAGCUUUGCAGGAAGAGCUCUGGGGAGAUGCUCUGUCUGAAGAAGGAUCUGCUGAAGAUGCAUUGGAUGACUGGUACAGUGACACUGAAGGCUCAGAAGAGGAGGACAGUGUUGGCACUAAGGCCAGGGAGAAGCCCAGCAGUGCUGGCAGUGAGCAGGAGGAUGAUUUGGAGGAUGGUGAAGAGGAGGAGCAGCCUGAACAGGCCAAGGCACCAAAGUUCAGCUUCCAGAAUAUCACAGACUUGGAGAAGUUUACAGAGGGGAUGGAUGAUGCAGGGAGCAGUGAAGGGGAGGAUGAAGAUGAUGAGGAGGACAACGCUGACAUGGAAGAAGGAAGUGAGGAGGAGGAGGAAUUUGGGCGUGAAAACCACGAUGAUGGAAAAGAAACCAAAGACAGCGAAGAUGAUGGGGGAGUGCAGACCUUCUCCAGAGGACAGGAGUGUGCAGAGGUGGAGAAGGGCAAAGCUGUGAGGAACCAGCUAGCCCUGUGGGAUCAGCUGAUGGAAGGGAGGAUCAAGAUGCAGAAGGUGCUCAUGACAGCCAACAGGAUGCCCCAGCCAGACACCUACCCCAGGUUCAGGAAGGAGGGGGGACAGGACUUUGACAACGCUGUGGAGAGCUGUUGUAAAGCCCUGGAGGCUUUGCUGAAAGUGCUGGUGGAGCUUCAGGAUGAGCUGCUUUAUCAGUACCCAGGCACGAGGCAUCUGGUGGAUGGAAAGCAAGCAAAAACUGAGAGUGAGGAUGAAAUCCCGAGCAGCAGCGAUGAGGAGCCAGUGGAGAAGGCUCAGGAGAAGAGGAGGAGCCUCCCCAAGAGGAAGCUGAAGUUUGAGGAGUACCCUGAGUUCAUAGCCAAGCGCUACAGGGACUUCAGGACCUACAGGAACAGCACCCUGCAGAAGUGGCACGACAAGACAAAGCUGGCAACUGGCAAAAUGGGGAAGGGUUUUGGAGCCCUGGAGCGCUCGGUGCUGGCGCAGAUGGAGCACGUGCUGCUGGACAGGGAGCGGCUGCUGCGGCGCACGCAGACCCGGCGCUCGCUGUACACCGUGCUGGGCAAGGAGCAGCCCGGGCCCGGGGCUGGGGCUGGGGCUGGGGCUGCCACACAGGAAGUCCUGCCUCCCUCAGAUUCCAACAGGCACCUGAAGGACAUCGAUGAGGAGAUCUUUGAUGAUGAUGACUUUUAUCACCAGCUCCUGCGAGAGCUGAUCGAGCGGAAAACCACGUCCCUGGACCCCAACGACCAGGUGGCCAUGGGCAGGCAGUGGUUGGCCAUCCAGAAGCUACGGAGCAAAAUCAAGAAGAAAGUGGACAGAAAAGCCAGCAAAGGAAGGAGAAUCCGGUUCCACGUCCACAGCAAGCUGGUGAGCUUCAUGGCACCUAUUGACCUCUGCACAAUGAAUGAUGAUGCCAGGACGGAGCUUUAUCGGUCGCUGUUUGGGAAAGUCACAAAUGGAGAAGAACCAGAGCAGAAUUAGGAUCUGGAUUGAGCUCCUGGUGCUCUCCCAGCUGCUUCUGCCCUCAGCUGCUCCCUCAGGAGCUGAGCCAGCCUCUGGUUUGUCCCUAAAAUCCUGAAGGAGCAGCAAACGCUGCUAAAUCACAGGGAAUUGUGAGCCCUGUCCAGCCUGGAAUGCUUCCUCCCAAAGACAGUCCAUUUUUAAAUAUUCCCUGUAAAUUCCUGACCUUGAUUGUGCAGCCUGGGCACAGUGUGGGGGGAGGGAAACAGCCCAGCCCCCCUCAGCUGGGUCCCCCAUGGGUUUUUUGUGUUAAAACCUUGGAGAUUUGGGGGCUGGGGGGGGGGUCAGUGCCCUGUUCUGGUGCUUGGUGCACAUUGGGAGUGUGUGACUGUAUUUUUCACCAGUCAGGAGGAUUUAAAUGUCAUUUCCAUAAUUCACAUGGCCUUAAAACAGAGGAAAGGUGCUCCUGGGCAGGUACCAGAGCUCCCAGUUCACAUCCUGGCUGUUGAACACUCACAGGGACAUUUGCUGCCCCUGACACAGGGAUGUGCCAGGUGUUGCUGCUGCAGGAAAAUCCUGGAGGCUGCACACUCAGUUCGUGCCCUGCUGUGACAGGAUUGCCAGCACAGGGCUGGGGGCUUUGUAAAAUCCCACAAAGGGAAUUUGGGAGCUGCCCUGAUCAGAACUGGGGUUUCUCUGGUGUCACUGAUCCAUCCCACAGUUACCUGUCCCUGCCUGGGGUUUGGGCACUCCAUUAAAAAGGUUUGUGA